AUGCUGCUUGUGGACUUACCUGACGAGAUACUGAACUUGAUAUGCUCAAUCCUACAUCGACCUCCACCCACGAUCGGAUUAUCGUCGACGAGGAGGAAGUUCCAUCAGCAGGACUUGACUUCGGUCUUGCGGGUGAACAAGCGCUUCUUGAACAUAGCCUGUAGAAUCCUAUAUACUCAUCCUAUAGUUGAUGAUCCCCACAACUUUUUACUCGGUAUCAACUGCCCCUCGUCCAGCUCAUUCUCUAAAAUCAAUUUACUUCGACAUGUCAAGAUACUCAAUAUUCAGCAUAGACAAAGUACGAGGGAUGCAGAUGAUCAAAGGGGCAAUCAGUAUGUGCGUAUGGACAUUGAAGAUCGACUGAUAUGGGAAGAGAGAGUAUUGGAAAAGGGAAAAGAGGAUUUAGAUAAUUGUGAAAAAGCGCGUAAGCUCUUGGAACGGUUCAAGGAGAAUCAAGGAAUGGUAUAUAUUAUGCCUAAACUUGAGAUGAUUCGAAUAGGAGCAUGGGACGAAGGAUGGUGGACUAAAGUAAUGAAGGAGGUGCUGUUCGAUGAGAAACGCAAGGAAGAUCGCACGGACCUCCGAUCUUUAUCUGGAUAUCAAAAUAUGUAUGAGGUGAUCAAAAUCAAUCAUCGAGAGUCGUUCGAAUUUACUGGAUCAUUGCUGAAUUUCAUCAGACCCAAGGAGAUUUUACAGUACACUCAAGCUGGUCCAAUAUCAUUGAAUGACGCCUUAAACCAACGAUUACCCACCGGUGAACCCUCUCCUGUGCUGAUCAGUCAUCUAAAUUUCGAUAUCGACAAACAUACAAUCAACUUCAUUCCUUCAAUCGUCAUUGGGUCACUCAAUAAAUGGUUGAUCAAAUGCAACCCUUCUCCUCGGACAAUGCAAGAAGAUGACGAAGAUGAGGAAGGGGAGAGAAUUUACAUAGAUCAUGAUGGAUUGAUGGUCACUCUACAUAUACUCUUACAGCACAUAUCAAAUAUCACUUAUCCGCCGAGCGCUACACUCAGUAGGGAGACGAUAUUGGAGAUAUAUGAUUCAGAUAAAUUAGAAUAUAAGGAAUUUGACGAACAGGGCAAAGUCACUCUAGCCGCGGGGGAGUUGAAUGGGGGAGCUAGGAGGUUCGGUCCUUGGGGGAUGAUGGAGGUUACCAGGAAGGGGGUUAAAUUUAUUGAUGUGAGGAAAGAAGAGCUAAGGAUGACAGUGGAGUUUAUACAUUCUGCGUGA